AUGAUCCAACACCCAGCCAAGACCCGAGACCCGACCGAAGCUAAGAGCGCCGGCCAAAGUGAUUUCCUGGUAAUCUGCAGCUUCUUGCUGGACCUGGCUCAGGGAGUCAGAAACCUUCCAUGUGAGGCGAAGGUGGAUCCUGUUGACUGGGUCCACACACUUUUCAAGGGCUCCAAACACUUCAAAGCAAACGAAAAGUUCAUCACAUACUUCAUGCACUCCAUGUCCUAUUACCUACUGCCCAUUCACGCGACUGACGGGGUUUCCCCGACUGACGGGGUUCCCCCGACUGACGGGGUUUCCCCGACUGACGUUGAACCCUCAGUGUGUGUCGAGGACUUCUUUCCGCGCGAUUACGACCCGGCUAAGGCGCUGCUGCUCUUCGGAAUCACGAGUGUGGUGAGGAAACCGCCCAAACGGAGACCGAAAUUCGACGUAUACGCCAAGUCGGUAGACUACCUGUAUGCGUUGGUAGAAAACGUCUGCUGGAGCAUUCUCUACGAUUGGCACAAGAAGCUGGCCAGACUGCAAAACUCCACUUGCCUCUGCGGCCGUUGCUUUUUGCCGCCCACGACUGAGCCCAGCCUUCCGCGGGCCGGUUUGGGUAGUGAGGGCGGCUUUUGUCCGUUGCGCAUUUUGCUGGCCUUGUUGCAGUCGGGGUCUGACCGGCAUAACCCGGCGAGGGGACGCGUUGUGGCUAACGAACAGGGAGAGUGCCGCACCUGCCAGCGACUCUACACGACCAAACUGAAGCCGGCCCCUUCCGCGAAUGGACCACCCGAGGAGUCUGUGACGUGUGUUGACGACGGUCAUGUGUCCCAUUCCGACCAAGACUGCGAGGAUGACGAAUGUGGAUCCACGGACGACGACUGCCAGUUGGUGAGCCUAAGCGAUGACGACUGCCAGCUAGUAAGCCUCAAGACGACUGUCAAGACGACUGUGAGUCAUGGGUCGCCGACCACCCUGCGGAAACCCGGGAGAGCAACGUCUAAGAACUUCACACCGUCACAAACGUCUAAACCAAGUCAAAAGACGAAUCCGAAACAAAAGUCGACGGAACAGGGGAGAGCACGGCCAACCGCUUGUAAGACGGUCAGUAAGACGGUCUGUGCUAAACCCCGGGUUCUAUCAUGUCGUGCCUCUCAAGGGAAGGGCCCCGUGUCGCCAUCCGUGCACUCCGAACAGGACGCUGAUGCCGACACUUCAUUUACCGCUAUUGAUUGGCAACGAUACAGUGGUGACACUAAAGGGCCGUUGUUCAACGAUGGCCACUCCCCCCUGGGCGUUAGCAACAUCCAAGGGGUCAUGGGUGUUGGUACCUCAACAGAGGAGGCUGACAGUCCUUUGUUCCCAAGCCCCCUAACGACUACUCUCCCCAUGACUAUGGCUACUCCCUCAAUGGCUACUCCCUCAAUGGCUACUCCCUCAAUGGCUACUCCCCUAAUGGUGCGUGUUGACUGGAAACAGUUUGAGGUUGAGCCGCGCCACGUUGAGGAAACAGGAAAUCACGGUGCCGUGCUAGGUAGUCGGGAUCUGGCCGGUGCAACGGAGCCCCCGCCGAGGUCGGGGACUCCGCCUUCUGCUCGCCGUCCCAGCAAGGUUCUCGAUGGCCGAUUUGUGGAGUAUCGGUUUCUGAAGCCGGAGGUUCGUAAUGUCUGGGAAACCCGCAGUAAGUCCUUCUGUGGUCCUGGAUGCUUAUAUCUAUACAAGCUGAGUAGUGACAGCAGUCUGACGAGGAGGCGAGUUGAAGUAAGGGAUGCUGGUGUUUGUUCGAUAUGCGGUAUUGAAACGCUGGCCGUGUGGGCAACUUACAAAAGUGUGUGUGCGGACAUCCCGCAUCUUUAUUGCAACUCGACCGGAAGGAGCACCAACAAAGGUGCCAUCAAGGGUGAGGUCAAUAAUGGUGAGGAGACAGCUGAGACAUGUCGAAAUGUUUGGGCAACCCUAGUAAGCCCCUGGGGCCCGAAAGUUACUGAGAGUGUGGGACAGCGAAUCUCUCAGCGGAUCUUGUCUCGUCAAUAUUCCGAGAUCAUGCGAAAGAAGACCUUCGGUUUGAAGGCGGGUGAUUUAUGGCAAGCUGAUCACAUAUUACCGGUCAAACUCGGAGGUGGUGUCACCAAGAGUUUAUUCAACAUGAGGACCCUAUGCGUUCAAUGUCACCGAGAAGUCACUGCUCGCUUGGCCGCAUGCAAUAACAAGUCUCUGUUUGCCCUGCCCCAAAGCUCUACUCCGACUGGUUCCACAAUCAGUCUAGGCCCGGCGGAUAACGCAGCGAAAAAGGGAGCGAAACGGUGGCGCAACCGGUUGUAG